AUGUUCAGAUCUGGUAUUCAAAAAGUAAGUUUCUUAUUGGGAUACAGGGGAAUUGACUGGUCCAAAUAGACAAGUCUGCGGAUAAAUAUAAACCGAGAGAAUAAGGGAAAAAAAGGAUAAAUUACUAACUAUUCAUUGUAGAGUUCCAUUCGUAAGUUGGCCACUUUCAUUUCGCCUGAGUCCGCUUUGCCAAAGAAGUACGGUGGUAAAUAUACCGUGACUUUGAUUCCAGGGGAUGGUGUCGGUAAGGAAAUCACUGACUCUGUCAGAACCAUCUUCAAAGACCAAAACGUUCCAAUUGAAUGGGAAGUUGUUGAUGUUUCGGGAUUAGAAGCUGGUAACGGUGUUACUGAGGCUGUUGAAUCGUUGAAGAGAAACAAGGUUGGUUUGAAAGGUAUCUUGUACACCCCAACCGGGUCCUCAGGCAAGUCUUUAAAUGUUGCAUUAAGAAAAGAAUUAGACAUCUACGCCUCUUUGGUUUUGAUUAAGAACAUCCCAGGUGUCAAGGGUAGAUUAGAAGGUAUUGACUUUGCCUUGGUCAGAGAAAACACCGAAGGUGAAUACUCGGGAUUAGAACACCAAUCGUACCCAGGUGUUGUUGAAUCCUUAA